GAUUUAUAUUUUGCUCGUCUCCGAUGGAGUUGAUGGAACACUUGAACGAGACUCAAAUUUAUAUCUUACACGCGAGUGGUAAGUGGCGAGUUGAGGCUAUUCUUUGAAGGAAGAAUAAAUUUAUUUUUAAGCAAGAAGACUUUGUUAUUCAUCUUUAAUGGAACUGAAGUUCUUGUGAGAAGUCGGGUGUUAAUUCUUCGGUUCGAUUUUUUCUUCCAACUGGAUUCGAGAAGGAGGGAAGAAAUCGAUCAAUGAUCUUCUCUGAUGGAGCCAAGAACGAGAAGUUUCAUCUUCGACGAAACUCUGUUUAUAACAAUGUCAUUCACAGAGUAAUUGGGCUAAUCCAUGAUAAUGUUGCAUCGUGUGUGCGAUUUUCAAAACGGUAUCAGAAUUGCCGAUAUCGAUCACGAUUUGAUCACGUUGGAAAUUAAGUUUUGAUCAAAUUGAUGAAAUCUUCAACUUCUUCUUCAACUUUCCAUAAUAAAAUAAAAUACGUGGAGGACCAAAAUUUUCAUAGAACUAUUUAUCGUUAAAAUAUUUGUUGAGAGUGAAAAUUUCAGAUUGUUUGAUCGAUACAAAUAUAAUUAAAAAACUAUUAAGCAAGGAAAGGGGGAAAUUCUUAUCGGAGAUAAGAAUAGCAUUGACCAAACUUUGAGAGAACUCAAAUUUUAUCGCAAAACCGAUUGUUUAUCAUGUACAAAAUUUAAAGUGAUCGAAGAGAAAAUGUCGAGAAAACCAACCAAGAAUUCAAGAAACUCGAAGUUUUCGUGGUUCAGCAUGAUUGGAACAAAGGUGAACGAGUUGUAGUCAAUUCUUGAUUCCGUUAGAUCUCUGGAGAUAUACAGAGAAUAACAAGGCUGGGACAUCUAGCGAAAAGAUUCCAUUGCUUCACGGUGUAAAGUAUCGAAGACCUUUUGAACGUAGAUCUCUUCAGGAAUCGGAUGACGCUUGAUAACUCGGCGGAACGUGAAUGGACGAUCCCCCCGUAAUCCUAUCACGAUCUUCGAAUCCAAUAUUUAGUUAUCGAAUUUGAUGCGUGGAAUAAAAUCAUGGAAACUUGAUAUAAAUAAGAAAUUCCCUCUGUAACAGAUAUCAAGAGUUGUUCGCGCGAUGAUAUUGGAUGGAAAGAAAUUUGAAAGAAUCGUGGUAAAGGAAAUGUGAAAAAUUCGUUCGAGAUGAGAGAAGAAGGAUGUGCAGCAGUAGUUGAUAUCGGUUUAGAAAAAAAUGGUAGAACCAAGGAGAUCUAGGUAAUCCCCGAGGACACUUGCUGUGCAAUCUACGAGCCAUCUUCCGUGGUUCGAGAUUUCGCGAUAACCAGGGGAAUGGAGAAAAGUUUAUUUUAAACUUAACCACGUAGAAUCUCUUUUUAAGAUUAGAGGUAACAGGAUGAUGAACCGAUUUGGGAAUAAUGAAUAAUUUAAUUCUUACCUUAGUGUAUGCUCAUUAUAUCAAAUCGUAAAUAAGAAAAAAAAAAAAAAAGAGAAGAUGAACAGAUUUUAAUGAACACUCCAGACACGAACAAUUUCAUUCUUUAACCGUACGAAUUAUUUCAGAAUAUCAACAACUAAACGGAGAGGAAGAGAGAGAAAGAAUGUGUUGUAGAUUCAACAAAAUCUCAAAGCAGUAACCCAAUAAUAGGAAUAAAACAACCGAUCAACUUACUUGUUUCUCUCUUGUUGAAAUUUUCAAGGGACACAUUGUAACAACAGAAGUGUAAGAACGAUAAUAAAUAUUUCAUCAUUCUCCGAUUUCAUCUCCAAGAUGAACGCUUGAACUCCACCACGAGUUACAUGAACUGAAACUCUGCCGUUUAUAUAGUUAUAUAUAAUUUUCACCCCCUGAUCAAAGUGGCAAAAUAGCCGACAAAAUAGAGUAUCCGGGUGGUAGCGGUAUGUACGGGGGUGGCACGGGUAGCGGUGGGUAUGGAGUGGGUUUGGGCCCAGGAGCGGGCCCGUCGCAUUACAUACCCUCCGCCACGUCCGUCGGCUACCAACUGCCACCCCCGCCGCCCCCACCGGCCUGCCCAAGCGCCGGAAAUCAGCUGCUCACUUACGGGACCAACUUAUCGCCCCAUCACAUGCAGCAGACCCAUGCAGGAGACGCGCAACAGUCGAAAAGACGGAGAUCCGACGAGGAUGAUCCCAGUGGGUGUAAAUAUAGAAGGUUGGAGAACGAGAAUGUACAGGACAAAGAAAGAUUUGCGAGGGAGAAUCAUUGCGAAAUUGAGCGGCGGCGGCGGAACAAAAUGACCGCCUAUAUCACCGAAUUGUCCGACAUGGUGCCGACGUGUUCAGCCCUGGCCAGGAAACCGGACAAAUUGACCAUACUCAGGAUGGCGGUCGCCCAUAUGAGAAACCUCAGAGGAACCGGAAACACAAGCUCAGAUGGCGCGUACAAACCCUCCUUCCUCACCGAUCAAGAGUUGAAACACCUGAUUCUCGAAGCAGCGGAUGGCUUUCUGUUCGUAGUCAGCUGCAAUAGCGGAACGAUCAUCUACGUAUCCGAUUCUGUGGCGCCAGUUUUGAACUACACACAAAAUGAUUGGUACGGCACCAGCCUCUAUUCACAGGUUCAUCCGGACGACACAGAGAAAGUGAAGGAACAAUUGAGCGGUGCCGAGCCGGAAAAUGGAGGCAGAGUGCUGGAUCUGAAGACGGGGACAGUAAAAAAGGAAGGACAGUCAUCGAUGAGACUAUGCAUGGGAUCGAGGAGAGGCUUCAUUUGUCGCAUGAAGGUGGGCAACAUGCAGACGACAGGCGACAUGGCGGCCGCUCAUGGCCUCCAUCACGUAAAACAGAGGAAUUCGCUCGGUCCACCGGCCCGCGAUGGCCAAAAUUACGCGGUGGUUCAUUGUACAGGGUACAUCAAAAGCUGGCCCCCAAACGGUGAUUUUGUUCCCCCAUGUGUACCAGGUAUGGGACUAGCUGAUAGAGAGGCUGCCGGUGUUCCAGUUGGACCUGAUGGUGUAGUUACAGACGAGAAUGUUAGCAGUCACUGCUGUCUGGUUGCCAUUGGGCGACUACAGGUCACUAGCACGCCAAAUAGUAGCGAUUUAGCGGGUUCAAAUAGCAAUAACGAAUUUAUUUCACGUCAUUCAGCAGAAGGUAAAUUUACCUUUGUAGACCAAAGAGUCGGAGGAAUUUUAGGGUACACACCUUCCGAGCUCUUAGGUCAUCCGUGCUACGAAUUCUUUCAUCCUGAGGAUUUAACGCAUAUGCGAGAAAGUUUCGAACAAGUAUUAAAGCUGAAAGGACAAGUGGUGUCUGUAAUGUAUAGAUUUCGAGCCAAAAAUCGUGACUGGGUAUGGUUAAGGACGUCUGCAUUUGCAUUUUUAAAUCCGUACAAUGAUGACGUUGAAUAUAUCGUCUGCACAAAUACACAUGCCAAGUCAUUCCAUCCUGGUAGUGAUGGUCAGACAGAAAAUGAAGCUGUACCUGCUUAUGGACAACCUGGUUUGGAUUAUUCCCUUCAAAGACAUCCUGCUAGGGAUCCUCUUUAUUCUGGGCAUCAUAUGAUGCAACAUCCAGCAACUGUUGCUACAGCUGGUCCCCAGCAGCCUAGGCCGUCCAGUACACAAAAUGUUUAUCAGGGAUAUGAAACAACACAAUCGCCUAUAGCUUACGGCUCACCUGGUCAGCAAAGUGCAUCUUCAUCAGUUUUAAGUAGAAUUCAAAAACCAGCUAAUACAUCGCCAACUCCAGUACAACAAGCAUGGGCUAUUGGAAGACAGCAACCUGUAACAGAAGGAUAUCAGUACAAUCAAUUAAGUCCUUCGAGGUCACCAAAUGGACCAACUUAUACUCAAUUAAGUAGCGGUGCUAGAACACCGGCUACGCAAUAUCAUGCAGUCACAACAGUACCUAAUAACCCUGGCAUGUGGGGAUGGCAAAGCCAGCAACAUCAAACGCCUCAACAAGACGGUGGACAAUCAAAUCCUCAAGUGACUGGACAAGCACAACAACCUCAUCCUUCUCAAGGUGGACCUGGCACGCAACCUCAAGAAUUAUCAGAUAUGUUACAGAUGCUACAAGAUCAAGGUGGAGCAUCUGGUUUCGAGGAAUUAAAUAUGUUUAAUACUAAUUUCGAGUAGCGACAACAAAAUAAUAUGGAAGAUAAACAUCUACCUUAAAAGAGCUUUAAGGUUCGAAUUUCAUUGAUAAAAGGAUUGUUUCGUAAAUCACUCUUACUUCAGCAUUUAAUGGUGAUAUGAGAAUUCGCCAAUCAGAGCAUCUCACACAUAAACUUUAAUUGAAUUGACUAAUUUACCAUAGAUUCAUCUGACUUUUAUAAUUAAUUUAUGAGUGCUUCCGUUUUGCGAGAAGUUUCUAUUUUAUUGGUUUACAGUACGAUUUUAAUAACCGUAUCAAAGUUUGCGCAAUUAAAUUAUUCAAAAUUCGUGAAUAUCAUUUUGCGAAAGUGCCAUUAAAUGUUCUAUUUAAAAAGUAGAAUAUAUAAAGUGGAAACUUAUAAUACGCACAGAUGGAUCAUUUGAUGAAAUUUAGAAAGCUUUUAACGAAAUAUGAGGUUUUUAGCAUUUGAUAUGACAAAUAACAGAAUAAAAUCAUUUUCAACAGGAAAUUAAUUAAUUUAUAUUUUUAAAUUUUUCUCUUUUUUUUUCUUGUAAUUAAAAUAUAGAUUAGUAUUGAACGAAUGAUUGUAAAAUUCUUUUUUUUAUCAUUUUUUUCUAUUGAUUUAAUUUUAAAAUAGAAAAAACAAUUUAAAAAAAGACAGUGUAAAUUAAGAAACGACUUUUUAACUCUUCUCACUGUUAAAAAAAAAAAAUGCAAUUAUAGUAACGUAAGUUAUAUUUAAAUUGUAUAUGAAGUUUCAAGAACGAUAGAACGAAGAUAAUAGAGAGUUUCAUAUGAAGUUUCAUUGAAUUGUUGUUAAAUGAAUGUAAGUAUAUGUAUAAAAUUUUGGAUAAAAAAGAAAAGGCAAAAAAUGCGUGUAAGAUUUGUAAUUGUUUAAGAAAAAGUGAUUUUUCAUUAAGAUUUCAAAUGAAAAUGUAUCGGAUUAUAUGUAUUUUGUAUGAUUAUUAUUACUUUACAUUUUUAUAGAAUUUUAACGCCUCAUCUGUGCUUAUUAAUAAGUAAUAGAGAGUAAUUUCUCUCCUUUUUUACGUAGCGAUUUUAUUUCAGAGAGGAAACUAGCAUAUUUCGAUAAACAUUUAGAAAAAUACAUUCAAAUGAUAAGAAAAAAACAAAAAUAAAACAAAGUAUUUUUAAAAAUUUCUUAAUCAAACUUAAACAUAAAUCAUGGUAAUUUUAAUACCAGCUUAUGAUUAGAUUUUUAAGAUUAGCUUAGUUAUUUUAUUUUAGAUCUUUGUAAUUAUAAAUAGUGCAAUCGUCAAAAUCGACGCUGAACGAAAAACAUUGUUUGAAUUCACCAACAACAAUAAUGUACAAAAAGUUAUAUGUAAUCCACUUUGCUUCUCUGUGCAAACAAAAAAGGCAAACACCAUUUUUAGAUAUUUCUAAAGAAAAUAUAGAUAAUGUUACACAUACAAAAGCAUAAUUGCAUUUAUAAGUAACCGCGUGUGAUUUAGUGCAUUGUAGAUGUACAUGUUUAGCAAAUUCUUAUUAAGUAGAACGAAAGAACAGUUGCAGCAUAUCAUGAUGAAUUGGGAACAUUUGUCACUAAUAUAUAUAAAAAUUUACA